CUCACUUCCCCAUUCCCUCAGACCCUGUGGAGAUAAGACAUUAGAGGUGGAGUUUACAGAUACCUUUAAAACCCUGAGUCGCAGUGCUAGCAGGAUCAUUUCUUCUCAGCAUCCUGUCCAGCAAAGAAGCAACUCACCAGAAUGAUGCUCGGAGGUACUUCAGAGGCCAGACCUGCCACACCAGAAAUCCAGGAGAUCGCUGACAAGGUCAGACCACAGCUUGAAGAGAAAACCAAUGAGAAAUAUGGAAAAUUCGAAGCCGUUGAGUAUAAAACUCAAGUCGUCGCUGGCCUCAAUUACUUCAUUAAGAUUGAUGUAGGGAAUGGUUGUUACCUUCACGUAAGAGUCUUCAGUGGCCUUUCUGAAAAAGAUAAUUUUGAACUUCAUGGUUACCAGACUAACAAAAAGAGGAAUGAUGAGCUGAUCUACUUCUAAGUAGCAAGUUCUAAAGUGAUCUUAUUCUUCUCAUUGUAAAGAGAUGCAGCCAUCAAUAAA